CUGAGCCCCGCCAGCUAGAGGACCACCCGGCCGCGCGUCCACCCGCGGUCGCCCGACGCCGCGUCUCAGCCCGCGCCAGCGAUGGCAGACCAACUGAGGAAAAUCGUCUCCAACGAGUACAUACUGUCGCUGCCCGACAGGCUCGACUCCUGGCUGCGGGAGUACAGCACAAACUCCUGUGAGCAAAAUCUAAAUUUUUGCCUUGAACUCAUUGAGCAAGUUGCCAAGCUUCAGGGUCAACUUUUUGGGGUCCUGUCUACAACAGCCCAAGAGGGAGGACAGUAUGCUGGUGUGGAAAUAAUCAAAUCGCGCCUUUUGCCUUGGCUGGAAGCGACUUUUACUGCUGCUUCCUUGGGAAAGCCUGUUGAUGGUGCAGCCCUCUCUCUGCAGGACACAUUCGAAAAGGAGAGAAAUUCUGUUUUUCGAGACCAGGACCUACAAUUAGAGUCUGAGUUGAGCUCCACCCGUAGUCAACUUAAACAGGUUCAAGACGAUCUGACUGAGACGGAAAAGACUCUUGAAGAGACCAAGAACAGAUCGGCCGUAACCCUUUUGGCUGCAGAGGAGGAAAUAAAUCAGCUAAAAAAGCAGCUUAAAUCUCUGCAAGCCCAAGAGGAAACUCGCCACAGGAACUCAGAUUUCUACACAGAGCGGGGUAGGAACACAGAGCAUCGGAGCCUGGAGUCAAGACCCCUAGAGCAACGAUCUUCAGAGGCACGAUCUACAGACGCCAAGAACUUGGACUGGAGGAGCGCAGACUCACGGGCCCCAGAAGUCAUCUCUGACUACGAGAAACAGCUCCGCACGCUCAAGGACGAGAUAGCUGUUCUGUCUGCCGAAAAGAAUGUCCUCCAAGGAAGGCCCAAUCGGAGCCGGUCUCCAAGCCCUGACUCGCGCAGCCGCAGCCGCAGCCACAGCAGCCACAGCCGGCCGGCCAGCCGGUCUGGCAGCCCCAACACCGCAGUGGCCAAAGUGCGAACCCCGUCCCCCAAUCGCUCCAAGUUGUCCAGCGUGGCGCGCAAGGCCGCCCUCCUGUCCCGGUUCAGCGACGCCUAUUCCCAGGCCCGUUUGGAUGCGCAGUGCCUCCUGCGGCGCUGCAUAGACAAAGCAGAGACCGUGCAGCGGAUCAUCUACAUCGCCACCGUGGAAGCCUUCCAUGUUGCUAAAAUGGCAUUCAGGCACUUCAAGAUCCGAGUGAGAAAGACACUGACUCCAUCUUAUGCUGGGUCGAAUAACUUUGAAGACGUCGUCUCGGAUUAUAUCGUUUGUCAUCUUGAUCUAUAUGAUGCCCAAAGCAGUGUUAAUGAUGUGAUCCGAGCCAUGAAUGUCAACCCCAAGAUUUCGUUCCCCCCCGAAGUUGACUUUUGCCUCCUCAGCGACUUCAUCCAGGAGAUAUGCUGCAUUGCCUUCGCCAUGCAGACCCUAGAACCGCCCCUGGAUAUUGCAUUUGGGGCCGAUGGAGAAAUUUUCAACGACUGCAAGUACCGUCGCAGUUACGACUCGGAUUUCACCGCCCCUUUGGUCUUCUACCAUGUGUGGCCUGCUCUCAUGGAGAAUGACUGCGUCCUCAUGAAGGGGGAGGCGGUCACCAAGAGAGGGGCUUUUUGGAAUUCAGUUCGGCCUGUAACUCGAUGUCGAAGCCGGAGCCUAAGUCCCAUUUGCCCUCGUAGCCGUAUUGGUUUAAGCACACUCUCUCGAAGUCGGAGCCCUUCUCCAAUAAGGUGCGGAUUGCCAAGGUUUUAAAAUGACCAGAUGUGCUCCUUUGCAACAGAACAUCUGCAAUAGCCAGUGUCUCCACCAGCCUCCUGCGUCUGCCUCAGACCUCACUUAAGAUAAUGUCAAAAGGCAAUUCUCUGUAUCCCUCUGCACAGAGAGUUAAAUGUUUUGGUUAAGCGGGUUUGUAACUUUAGACAUAAUUUCAUUUUACUUUAUUCUAUAGAGACAGUUGCCAUUAAUUUGAUAAAAAGAAAGAUUGCAUAGGUGUUUAGGAUCAUAUUCAUUUGAGGCAUGAUACAGGUUCAAGAUGUCUGUAGGUGAGUAGGAAACGAUAUGAACAACAGUGGAAACAAACAAAAAACGUUACCAUGCAGGAUCCAAAAGACCAAACAGGUCACUUGAGUUCACACAUUGACCAUUGGAUCAUGAAUGCUGGUGUUAGCUUUUAACAAAAUCCACUGCUCUUAUUUAUUUAUUUGUUAAGAUUUGGAAGAGUCUCCUAAUUUCAGGUUGGGGAAUUUGUAGCAGCGAGCUAAGGCUAGGAAGAAAGGUAGAAAGUUGAUGAUUUGAGGCCAUAUAGUUGCCUGGCUUCUCAGUCACUGCUUUUGGAGCCCCUAUUUCAGCCUAGCUGAGUACCUUAUGUUUGAAACUGAUGUCAGUGAGAGGGGUUUCUUGCUUCUGGAAAGCAGGAGCAAUAAUUUGGGUAGAAGGCAGCUUUGGGGUAAAUAUCAAUCACCUCAAGUUUGUCCUCUGUUACUAUUCCAUAUUGUUACAAUGCGCAUGCACAGUAUAAACCCACCUUUACCAAGCCCAUCCAGUUUUUCCGAAUCCAGACUUCCCAUGGACUCCAUCUAACUGAAAACAGCUGAACUCAUGGUCUAAAACCGAGGGCACCAUUUAUUGGUGGAAAAUGGAGUGGGCAUCUCAGUGAUCCAAUCACCGAGAAGUACUGUGGAGAGUUGUUCAAGGUCAAGAGAAUGACGGAGUAGGGCUCUAUUGAGAUAACCUGCUUUCUGCCCUAUCCGAUGGUAAAGCCAGCCUUAAACAUAAGCUUCACCAAUGACUGUUUUAUCCGUGUGCUUUUCAGAGAAACGCUCUCUCUGAGUUGGCCAUAGCUCAAGGUCUCUGAGCUCAAUGGCAACACCAGCACUUCAGGUGGAAAACAAAACAAAACUGUCAAGCAUCUUACCUGUGAUGCUGGGCAGUGGACCUGGAGAGAGGAAGAUGUCCUCCGUCUUUACUCCUUGAACCUAACGGUCACCAACUCUGACGUGGGAGGUUCCAUUUCUCCUCCUUUGCACAUUAAUGUUGGUGACCAGGUCACCCAUCAUCCUGGCUGUCAUCAAGUCGGUUCUGGGACCUUCAGCAAGCUUCUUCACCUCUCUGGGUCUGUUUCCUCACGACACAGUUGAGGAGAUCGCAUGAGAACCCUACCAGACUCAACAUGUCCUCUUACAACAGAUCCUUCAUUCUGGUUGCCUUGAAAUGUUCAGUGCCAUCCAGUCAGCUCUGUCUCUGACAUGAAAUUCACAGUUGAGGUGAUCCGUAGGCGCAUGUCAUUUUAGAUAAUGAAUUCAGUCCCCACUCCCUAAUAUAAAGCUGGAAGAAGGAAAGCAAGUGUUCAUCAAAUAAGUCAUAUUUUAAUUAGUGUGUACUAAUCAAUAAAAAAAUGCUUGGGCAUAGUCUCCCUGGGAAUGUAGACUUGAUUCGUUGUUUGUGCCUGUGUGUGUUGGAUCACCAGCUGCAAAUGCAGAUCAGUGUGUGUUGUGUCAGCAUCAUGAGGUAGCAAGCAGGGGGUCUCUGGGUAUGACUUCCUGCAAUCCUGGCUAAUUCACCGGAGAAUGUCAAGCAAAAAUUUUAGAAUCUCUGCCUUGAUUGACAUAGAAGUUGCAUUCCUGGAAAAUCAAGUGUAAAUUAAAGCCUUGCAACAAUUA